AUGCCUGCUGGAGUGACUUGGGGUCAGUACAUAGCGUUUUCAUCAGCGGCUAUGAUAUCUAUGUUCGCAGGAUCACAAAUUGUACAUCAGUACUACAAACCUCUACGAGAUUUAAAUGAUUACAUUAACAGAGAACUCAAGAGCCUGCCUGAUAAUGUGCAGGAAAAAAUUAGAAAAGAAUUGCAAGAUGAAGGAGUGUUGAAUAAAAGUUAGAAUAAAUAACUAAUUGUAGUGUUUAUUUAAUAAUGUAUGUGUAAAUAAAAUGUAAAAGAUGCAAUUAUGAUAAUUGGA